GGCUCCCUCCCGGCGCCAUGCGAGGGCCGGGCCUCGGCCCGCUGGCGCACCUGGUGUGGGGCGGGCGGUGGGCGCCUUGCGGGGCGAUGGAGGAGCUGCUGAGCCGCGCCGUGCCAAGGCGGCCCGUGUACGAGCUGCGCGAGAAGAGCCCGGCCCCGGUCGAGGCCCAGUGCGCCGAGUUCGUGCGCUUCUACGGCGGGCUGCGGGAGCCGGCGCAGCGGGCCGCCCUGCUGGACCGCCUGGCCGGGGCCUUCGGGGUGGACCACGGCGAGGUGGCGGCGCACAGCGCCAACCUGCUCCUGCUCCGCCAGCAGCAGCAGCAGCAGCAGCGGGAGCCCGGGGCCCUGCUGCAGGCCGAGGACCGGCUCCGCUACGCCCUGGUGCCCCGCUACCGCGGCCUCUUCCACCACAUCAGCAAGCUGGACGGAGGCCUCCCCUUCCUCGUCAACCUCAGGGCCGACCUGCUCGAGUCCCAGGCCCUGAAAAUGGUCGAGGGGCCGCAAGUCAGGGAAAUGAAUGGCGUGCUGAAAAAUAUGCUCUCAGAGUGGUUUUCUAUAGGAUUCUUAAACCUGGAACGCGUUACCUGGCAUUCACCUUGUGAACUUCUGCAGAAGAUUAGUGAAUGUGAAGCCGUGCACCCUGUUAAAAACUGGAUGGAUGUAAAACGGCGUGUUGGGCCAUACAGAAGGUGCUAUUUUUUUUCGCACUGUUCAACACCUGGGGAGCCUCUGAUAGUUUUGCAUGUGGCAUUGACCAACGAAAUCUCCAACAAUAUCCAGGCGAUAGUGAAAGAAUUUUCUGCUCCAGAAACAGAAGAUUCCAACAAAAUUGUUGCGGCAAUUUUCUAUUCCAUCAGUCUGACUCAGCAAGGCCUCCAGGGUGUUGAGCUGGGAACCUUCCUUAUUAAGCGGGUUGUUAAAGAGCUGCAGACAGAAUUUCCACAUCUCACCACGUUUUCCAGCCUGUCGCCCAUCCCCGGCUUCACCAAAUGGCUUCUCGGGACCCUGUCUUCCCAAACAAAGGAACUUGGAAGGAAUGAACUGUUCACUGAUUCCGAAAGUCAAGAAAUCUCAGGAGUCACCGGGGGCCCCGUGGCUGAAACGUUAAAGGUGCUGCUAACCAGCAACGAGUGGGUCAAGUCGGAGAAAUUGGUCAAAGUGCUGCAGGCCCCUUUGAUGCGGCUCUGUGCCUGGUACCUGUUUGGGGAGAAGCACCGAGGCUUCGCCCUCAACCCCGUGGCCAAUUUUCACUUGCAGAACGGUGCCGUGAUGUGGCGCAUCAACUGGAUGGCAGACACGAGCUUCAAAGGCAUCACUGCGUCUUGCGGGCUGAUGGUCAACUACCGAUACUUCUUGGAAGAAACAGCCGCCAACAGUGCCGCUUACCUUGGGACAAAGCACAUCAAAGCUUCUGAGCAGGUUCUGAACCUCGUGUCUCAGUUUCAGAAAAAUAGCAAGCUCUGAAAACAUCCAGGCUCACAGAAGCAAAGACCCCUGGUUUGAAAUGGGGGGAGGGAGGGCGGUUCUUCUGGAGUUGGCUGGAUCUGACGGGGGUGGGACGUUUUUACGGAUGCACAGAUUGAGCUGGUUUUUUUCUCCAAAUAGGCAGGGAUUUACAGCUGUGUAGACUUUGGUAAUUAUAUUUCAUGGGACGAUGUGAUGCCCAGUGCUCUCCAGCUGUGGGUCUUUGCUAUAGCUGCUGUACAGGUGUACCGCAGAAAAGCUUUUGGAGGGGAGGAGAGGAGGAGGAGCAGUUGUGUACUCACCCUGGUAGGCUGCCACGUCAUUCUUGACUUCUUUGGGGACAGCCUGAAGCCCCAGGGUAACUGGCAGAAUCAAUGUGCUGUUGUCCAAACUGUGUAUUCAGAAGAAUAUAGGAACUCUCACACGCUGACACAUUAAUGAAUCUGUGUGCCCAGGAAAAAGGGGGCAGGUUGAGAGGACAGACCUUUGUCUUUCAAGUCUCACCAAAUUGGUAUCCUGCAGGCUCUCCUUCCGAAGAAAUCACUAACUUGUAAAUCUCUUUAUUUCUUUCGCCAUUUUCGCACUUUUCAAAAUGUUAGCACUGAAUAAGGAAUUUGAUGGAGGACAGAAUUUUCUGCAAUUUACUGGUUGGACUGUGAAUACACUGAGUAGGUCAGUGGUUAGGAACAGUAGCUUUCCAGAUUGCAUGCAGGGUUCAGGAUUUGUAGUGUAGGGAGGGCAAUCGCUUCCUGCCAUUUGGUAUCAUUUGCUGGUUUUCUUUUAUAUUCUUUUAAGCCUUACUGUGGCAUGGUGGGGAUUUGCAAGUUCAAAUUGAGGUUUUUAAAACUCCCAGUUUGUUCUACAAAGUAUUAAACAAUAAAACUUGGUUGCCUAA